AGAGCGGUUAAUUACCCGGAGUGAGGAUUAGGAGCGAGAGAGCGAGAAAAUGAAUAAAUCAUUGACUCCACAAUCCUACAUCCGCCACCUGAAGCAUGGGCUCAUCCAAGAACUAUCAGAUAUGUUGGAUCCACAAGAUGGUUGGAAGAAACUAGCAGUAAGCAUAAAAAAGCCUACAGGAGAACUAAGAUACAGCCAGUUACAUAUAAGGAGAUUUGAAGGAUUGAUUCCUAAGGGCAGGAGCCCUACUGCAGAGCUUCUGUUUGACUGGGGAACAACCAAUGCCACAGUCAAUGACUUGGUGGAAAUCUUGAUCCAAAAUAAUUUUCUAGCUGCAGCUAGCUUGGUACUUCCAGAUAAAGUACCAUUGGCUACACCAUUUGCUUUAUUACCUGAAAAAAAUGAUACCCUUAUCUGUGACUCUGCCUAUAAGCCAAUUCUACAGGUCUCUAAUAACGAACACACCUGCCACUAUCCAGACAGCAGCACUGAGAAGGAAACUGCCUUAUUGGUAAACAGUUCAACGCCACCAUGUUCAUCUUAUGACAGUUCAGAAAUAAAUCUUCACAAUUUCAACUAUUAUGAGUUAAUGCAGAGGACUGGUAACUUUGAUGAGCGUCCAGUAUCGGAUGGUGGCAGUAAGAUUGGUGAGGGGGGGUUUGGAAUUGUUUACAGAGGCUACAUAAAUAACAGAAUGGUGGCUGUGAAAAAAUUGACAGCAGCACUGGAUCAGCAUAAUGUCAGCAUGGGGGAGCUGAGACUUCAGUUCAGUCAAGAAAUUAAAACUUUGGCUAAAUUAAAGCAUGAAAACCUGGUUGAGUUACUUGGCUUUUCCAAUGAUGGAGAACACCCUUGCCUGGUAUAUGCUUAUAUGCCAAAUGGGUCAUUGCUAGACAGAUUGGCAUGUCUGAAUAACACAGCUCCACUUUCUUGGAAUAAAAGAUGUAAUAUUGCUGGAGAUACAGCCAAUGGACUAAAAUAUUUACAUGACAAUAAUCAUAUCCAUCGUGAUGUUAAAAGUGCAAACAUCUUGUUGGAUGAUCUAUUUGUUCCUAAGAUUUCAGACUUCGGACUUAGUCGAGCAUCAUCAUGUUUAACACAAACAAUGUUAACUGAGAAAAUUGUCGGCACAACUGCAUACAUGGCUCCAGAGGCAAUGCGUGGGGAGAUUACUCCAAAGUCGGAUGUUUUUAGCUUUGGCAUAGUUUUAUUAGAAUUAAUAACAGGACUUCCACCUGUUGAUGAAUCUCGUGAACCACAAUUACUGUUUGAUAUCAAAGAAGAAAUUGAAGAUGAAGAAAUGUCUAUCGAGGAUUACAUUGAUAAAAAGAUGCAGGACCGGGACUCUGUGACAAUUGAGAAAAUGUAUUUAAUUGCAAGUCAGUGUUUAAAUGAAAAGAAGAAUAAGAGACCAGAUAUUAAAAAGGUAUACGAUUCAUUGCAAGAGAUAUCUUCAGUUGCUUCAUAAUGAGAUGAAGUCUGGAGCCUCUGUUACAUGUCACAACAAAUGUUAUUGAGAAUAUAGUACAAAGUUUGGAUUUCUGAUAGCCACAUUAUUCUGGUUGGUGUUGUUUGAGUAUGAGAUGAGGAAUCUCAAAUUAGACAUAGGUGACUGAAUAGGAAACUCACCCCUUGAACCAAUUCUGCCAUUCAAUAUGAUCGUGGUUGAUCUGGUUGUGGUCUCUGUUUCACCUCCCUUCUCCUAAUAAUAUCUAAUAUCUAUCUAGUGCUAUCUUAAACAAACUCAAAUAUCCCUAUCUCUACUGCUUUAUUGAGAAGAGAAUUCUACAUGCUAACAGUCUUAUGAAAGUCUUCAGACUGAGACCUGUCAUUAUUAAACUGUAUCUCCUGGUUCUUGUUUCCUGCACUGAAGGAAACAUUCUCCCUGUAUCUACCAUACCAAGCCCCCCUCAAAUACAAUGUGUCCUAUAAGUUCACGUCUCCUUCUUCUAAAAUCUUUCAUAAAAUAAGCCCUCCAUUCCAGGAAUGAGUUGAAUUUUUAAAAAUGAGAAAUGUUGAACUAACCUUCCCUGAAGUGCUUCUAAAACAAUUUCUUUUUCCAAUAAGCAAACUAAAACUGUACACAAUUGCAUAGCUGGCUCUAUACAGUUGCAAUAAACCUUACCUCUUAUAUGCUAUAACCCUUGCAAUAAAUUCCAGCAUGACAUUUGCUUUCCUAAUCAUUUACGUAUUUGCAUAAUAACAUUGAGUUUUAUAUGUCAAGACACUCAGAUCCCAGAGUUCUGUAAUCUCUCUCCAUUCAAACACUGCUUUUGUAUUCUUCCUGCCGAACUGGACGAGUUCAAGUUAUUGAUACCGUAUUCAGUCUGCCAGGAUUUUGCUCGCUCACUUCUUAUCUCUAUCCCUUUGCAGACUCUUUACUAACUCGUGACAACUUAUUUUCCUACCUCUGUUGGUGUCAUCAGCAAAUUUAACAGCUGUGCCUUUAAUCUUUCCAUUUAAGUCGUUGUAUAUAGUUGAGGAUCCAACACUGAAUUCUGUGACAUUUCACUAAUUACUGUUUGCUAAUACAAAAAGCACAUUUAUCCUAAUUCCCUAGUUAUUGUAGGUGACCAAUCAAUUAUUGGUAACAUAAGGAGCAGUAAUAGGCACCUCAGCCACUUGAUCCCACUCCACUAAUUAAUAUAAACAAAGCUGAUCUCACCUCCGUCUCAACUCAUUUUCCUGCUCGUUCCCAAUAAUCCUUUAACCCAUUAACCCAAUACUAAUUGAAAGUCUGUCUGUCUCCUCCUCGAAUUUAUUCAUUGUCCCAGCAUGUACCACAUUGUGGAAUAGUGACUUUGUGGAUUCACAACCCUUUGAGAGGAAAUAAUUCCCCCACAUUUUUUGUAGUGAAUCAGUCACCCCUUAUCUUGAAACUGUGUCUUUCCAUUCUAAAUUGCCUCAUGAGGGGAAGCAUGUGUUCUACAUUUACUUUGUCAAUCCCCUUUAGCAUCUAAUAGACCUCAAUUAAAUAACCUGUCAUCUUUCUAAACUCCAGCAAAUAGAGGCUUAAACUGCUUAAUCUUUCCUUUAAAUGACAAGCCCUUCAUCUCUGGAAUUAAUUCUCAGAAUUGUUUCCAAUGCAAUAAUAUCUUUCUUCACGUAUCUGUGCUAAUAGGUUACCCCUAACACCAUAGGUUCUUACCUAUGAUGUAGAACCUUACUAAAAGUAAUUUGCAAAUUUGAGUGCUCCAAAUCUACAGGUUCCUCCUUAUCUAUUUCGCUGGCCUCAAAAAAUGCUAAUAAUUUAGUUAUACAUAGUAUCACUUUCACAAAGCAAUGUUGAUUCUGCUUGAAUACAUUAUAGCUGGAUACUUAGAAAAUCAUAACCUCCCUAAUGGAUUUUCACAAUUUCCCCAAGACAGAUGUCAGGCUAACUGGUGUAGAGUUGUUUGAUUUCUGUCUCCUUCCUUUCUUGUAUGAAAGUAUUAAUGUAGUUAUUUCCAAUCCUUUCGUAUCCUUCCUGAAUCUAGGGAAUUUUAGAAGAUCAUAACAAAUACCUUCUAGUGCCUUUGCAGGCACUCCUUUUAAAACCUUAGGAUAGAGGCCAUCCAGUAGUUUUCCCACCACAUUUUUCCUGGUGAUUGUGAUUGUUUAAAUGCCUUCCCCUCUUUAUGUUUUAGUACCUUUUGGAAGUUUUCUAAGCGAUCUACAGUGAAGACAGGCACAAUGUAUUUAUUAAAUUCCCUUAAAUUUCCAGAGAACCAUCAGUAGGUUUAGUAACUCUCUUCCAUUUAUUUACGUGUAAAAUCUUAACAUUUGUUUAUAUAUUACAGGCUAGCUUUUUCCUCAUACUCUUUUUAAGCCUAUUCUUUGCUGGUUCUUAAAACCUAACCAAUCUUCUGAUUGUUUCAAAUUUGUACAGUUUUUCUUUAGAUUGAUGUAAUCUUUAACUUCUUCAUUUAGCCACAGAUGAUAUCUCUUGUCUUCUCACUGGAAUAAAUCUUCACUGAAUGUUCUUAAAAUCUCCUUAAAUCUCCACUGUCAUAUCUCUUAAUCUAUUUUCCCAGUUCAGUUCAGCCUUCAUAGAUACUUCUUAAUCAACCUGUUCAGACAUGUAAUGACAUAAGUGUACAGCAGGUGGGACUUGAAAACAGGCCUUUUUGCUGAAUUUACAUAAACUGUAUCCACUGAAUCCCUCUUGAAAUUCAGUCAAUUUAAAUGAAACUAAGGAGUGAACAUUAGGUAAAGGCAGAUAAAUAGAAUUAAGCUACAAAUGAACCAUUGUUUAACAGAAUUAUAGAAUAGGCUCAAGAGGCUGAAUUGCUUGCACUUUUGUAUAUAUUGGGAAUAUUUCUGUAACCCUUAUGUAAAAUCUGAAACAUGUCAACUAACUGGGUCCCAGCUCAAAGGUAAAAUACUGUAGAUAGUGUAAACCUGAAAUAUUUACAGUUUUUUGUAUGAUCAGUUCCACAGCAGCUCUGAAGUGGUGGUACUAUUCCCAAGCAUUUUUAAAGUCUAUUUUCUUAUAGGCAGUCAAGAUUGUGAAUUUGGAAGUGCAGUCAAAGGUAUUUUGGCAAGUUACUGCAAUGCACCUUGAUUUGGAUACACUGUCAGUAUUGGGAUAAAUGAAUAUUUAACAUGGCAGGUUGGGUGUCAGUCAAACUUUUCUUUAAACUGUGUUGAUCUUGACUGUUAUUGACUCGCUCAUCCAAGAAAGUGAAGAUGCAUUCCACCGCACUUUGAUUUGUGCCUUAUAGAUGAGUAACAGACUGUGGUGAGUCAGGAGAUGAAUUACUUUAUGGAGAAUUUCCAACCCUUGACUGCUGUUGUAACCACUUUUUUUUAAACAGCUGGUUCAGUUAAGUAUCUGGUCAAGGGUAACUUCCAGACUGGUUUUAGUGAAAAGUCUUUGCACUUGCAUUAAUGCUCUUCUUGGGCUGACAUUUUAGACUGCCAAUUUAAGUAUUUUUAGCCAGUGUAGACAAGCUUGAUUCCUUUACAUGAGUCAAUUCUAGUUGUCUGUUUAUCAUCUAUAAGAUUGUGAUUCUUUUUUUGGAUUCUGAUAAUUACUUUUAAACUUCACAGAUGCUCUUGGUCUAUAAACAGCACUUAUAUCACUUUGUUACAAUUUUGGCAGAGAUUGAGAGUUCAGUUGUGUGGCCAAAGCUAAAAUGCAGUUUUCACAGUAAUUUCAUCUCUCCUAUAAACUGAGAUUUUUACCCUUUCACACAACAUAAGUGAGGCAUGGAUGAUAACCUGGUUAUUGCAUUAUUUUUGCGCUAUGUGGGUUCUUCUAUCCAUUUAAAGAAGAAAUGUCAGAGCAUAUUACUUGAGUUAAAACUAACAGGCAAGUUUGUUUACAAUUCAAGAUAUUUACAAAGAAGGGAAACAGCAAAUUAGUAGUAACAAUGUACUAAAAUUGUAUUUUUGUAAUGCGAAGUGUACUUUUUUUGUUUCUAUGUUGUAAUACUACCUCACUGAACUGCUAAGAAAUUAAAAUGAAGUUGAUAAUAUUACCCAUUGAUUUUAAUGCUUCUUCUGGGGCUAUUGCCAAAAGUAUUUAAACCACUUGAACAUAAAUACUAUUCUGAUAGAUACUGUACAACUUUCUAGAAAAGAAAUGACUGGUCAGUACUUUUCUAAUAGAAAUACGACUUCUCUUCGACUCAACUGUUGGUGCUGAUGUUAUAUUUGCAACUGCCCUACAUACUAACUUCUCUGAUGAAUUAUUAAGUAUAAUAUUUUAUGGCUAUUGUAUUUUAGAAUGUAGCCAUUUGCAAGCAUAGAUAAUGAUUUAAUCUGUACAUUGGCUCAUUAUGAGCCAUUAAUAAAUUUCUAAGCAUAAUUUAGAAUUUGCUAUCUGUAAAAACAUUUAUCACAGAAUUGAGAUGUUAACAAGUGAAAUAUUUGUCAUUCACAUGUUAGAUUUAAGAUUGCACGUGACAGAUUAUUUGCCAUGUAAAG